AUGGAAGAAACACAACAAGCACAAUCAAAUGAUUCAAGACAUGUUGAAGUAAAAAGAGAAGAAAGAAGGGGUGAUAAAAUAUUUAAUUUUCUUUUUAGAUAUAUACACAAAUUAAGAUUUGUAAUUGUAAUAUUUUGGAUUCUUGCCGUUAUUGGAUUUGCUUAUCCAGCAUUAAAAUUUCUUGGAGCUACAUCAUUGUUUAUUGAACCUCCAAAAGGGACAUUAGCAUAUAGUGCAAAUCAGUUGGUUAAUGAGAAAUAUCCUGAUGUGUUUAAAGAAGGUCAAAAUAUUGUAGCUAUUAAAACAACUGAUAAUUCUUCUGUUCUUACACCUUACACUGAAUCAUUUUCACAUCAACUAAACAGUUGGAUGCAAGAACAACCAAUCAUUCUUUCUGCUGAAGGAUAUUAUCUUCUUCCUAAUUCUUCUAAUGCAACUAUAAUUGACCAAACUGCAUUAGAAAUAAUUAAAAAACAAUUUGUCGGGAAGUCAGGAGAUGUUACCACAAUUAUUGUUACCAUUGAUGAUAGAGAUGGUACAGCUAUUCCAAAAUUUGUGAAAGCAUUAAGAAAAGAAAUUAAACGAUUAAACAAUGAAACAGAUAAAUAUUAUGUUGGAGUAACUGGAUUUGAACCUGGAAGUGUUGAUUUACAAGAAGAAAUUAUGGUGUCACUAAUGAAAAUGGAUAUUUCAUGUAUUCCAAUUGCUAUUUUAGUAUUACUUUGGGUACUUAAAUCAUUGUCAUUAAUGAUUAUUCCAUUAUGUACAAUUAUAACUUCAUUUGUUGUGGCAUUUGGAAUCAUGUAUCCUAUUACUUUUGCUAUUGAUAUUUAUGGUGUUGCUCCUGCCUUAAUGAUGUCAUGUAUCGCAGCAAUGUCUAUUGAUUAUUCUUUAUUCUUACUAACUCGUUUUUCAGAAGAAUUAUCAAUUGAACAAAGUUAUUAUGAUGUUAUAAAAAAUACUUUACAACAUGCAGGAAGAAUUAUUUUUACAUCAGGAGGAUUAUUAACACUUUGUUUUGUAUCAUUAUGUUUCUUUCCAUUAGACGUUAUUAUUACUUUAGGAAUGGGUGCAGCUAUUUCCAUAUUUAUUACUAUUAUUGUCAAUCUAACUUUAACACCAUCUCUUUUAGGUAUAUUCCCAAAUUUCUUUUCUAAAAGAGGAUUUAUUCCAUGUAUAAAACGUUGUAGAGUAUGGGCAGAAAAAAAAGAAAAAAGUUAUCAUAGUAAAGAUUCAUUGUGGCAUAAAUUUGCUGUCUUUUUAUCAAAUAAGAAAAUAUCUUUUGUUAGUAUUCUUAUUGCAUUAGUUUGUAUUGCACCAUUAUGUGUUUUUAUUAAAGAUUUUAGUUGGAAUGAAGAAGAUAAUCAAAUUAUUCCCGCAAAAUCAGAUUCAAUGAUAUCAAGGUCUUACAUCCUCAAUGAAUAUCCAGAUGGAAUUAUUUAUCCAUAUGAACUUGUUAUUAGUGGAAAUGAAACACAGUAUAACGUAUUUAGUACUGCUUAUUAUAAUGUAACAAAAGAAUUAAUGGAAAAAUUCUUAGAAAAACCAGAAGACUUUGAUAAAACAUCAUACUAUUGUAUUAAUUACUUUGGAGGUCAUAUGCUUAAUGCUAAAAUUAUGAAAUUAGUAUUAAAUGAUCCUCUAUAUCACUGGUUAUUCAAUUCUGUAGUUUCACCAGAUAAUACAACAACACGUUGUUCUUUCAUUCCAUUGUUUAAUCCUAAAGAAUAUUCAGACCAAAAACUAAAAAUUGUAAGAGACAUUAUUUCAAAUGUUACUUCUAAAUAUCCACAAUUUCAAAUCUAUGUUAGAGGUUUUGAAGUUGAUAUUUCAGAUUCUAUUGUAAUUUGUUUUAAAUAUUUCCCAAUUAUUAUCAUUGUAUUGUUUGUUCUUUUAGUGAUUGUUACAGCUAUUUCAUUCCAAUCAUUUAUCGCUCCACUAAGAAUUGUAUUUUCAACUAUUACUACUGUGUUAUGGAUUUAUGGAUUUGCAUCAUUUGUAUUUUGUAAUGACUAUUUUGAUUGGACAUCACAAAUAAUGAAAGAGUCAAUUGGUUUGUACUGGUGUGUUCCUGUAAUUACUUUCCCUAUUAUUAUUGGAUUAUCUUCUGACUAUGAUAUCUUUUUGUUUUCAAGAAUUAUGGAAUUAAGAAGAAAAGGAUUGUCAACUCAUUUAAGCGUUAUCAUCGGUGUAGAGAAGGCUGGAUAUUUAAUUUCUUAUGCAGGUAUUAUUAUGGCAAUAGCUUUCUCGGGACUAUUCUUAAGUGCUAUUUUGAUGUUGAACCAAUUUGCAUUUAUCUUAAUGUUUAGUGUGUUACUAGAUACUUUUGUUAUUCGUUCAAUUCUUCUUCCUGCUAUCGUUAAUUUACUCGGAGAGUUAAAUUGGUUCCCUAAAAAAUAUACUAUCCAAUUUGACAACUACAAAAAAUAUAUGGAUAUUAUCUCUCCAGAAGUUUCAGAAGAAACCCCAAUCAUUCAUAGUACCCAAAAUGAUAGCGAAGAGGGAAAUGAAAAAACCGCUUUAUUAAACUAA